AUGCAAUUAGCUAAGUAUUUUCAAGUAAUUAUUUUAGAGAAUUUAUCUGAUUUACAGAUGACACAUUUGCGAAUCGGUUUUUUGCAUGAAGUGAAGCCCGCAUUAAAACGGAAAGAAAAUCAACUGAUACCGUAUGCAAUUCGAAAAUUAAUAUUUAAUUUUAAAACGGCUGUAAACUAUCAAAAAGCAUGA